UUCAGUUCACAAGCCUGGACCAAUCUGCCUGGAAGUGAAGGAUCUGUGGAAGUACAACGCAAAAUCACUGCAGUCGGGGAUGUUUCUGCGCGCAGCUGAUGGAUGAUGAGUGGUGUUAUUCCCCAACACUGCUUUUUAUUCCCAACUCGAAGAUAGCGCGUUGUUUAAUGACAGUGCCAUGCACCAGCUGGUGAACCUCUACUACCUACACAGAGGUCUGUCAGCCUCCUGAACACCUCCUCUCUGGCUCCAGAGGAUGCUGGGAAUGUGUCGUGGGCGCAGGAAGUUCCUGGCUGCAUCUGUCGCCUUGCUUUUUAUUCCAGCGCUCACUUGGCUCUAUCUAUCUACUGUGAACAUCACAGUGAAACCACUGCCUCUGUCCCCACUGGAGCCUCAGUCCUCCACGCUGGCCCUGGAGCUACGGGUUCGAGAGGUCGAGGAGGAAAACCGGGCGCUCAGAAAAGAGAUUAGCCAGCUGCCCAGGAGUCCUACCCACGGCAACCAGCAUUCCCCUCACCAUGGCAGCAGACACCAUGGCAACCAGUCCCAGCUUCACUCUACUGAGGAGGGCACCGGUGAUAUUGAAACUCGGAAAGCUCUCUCGAAAGUCAACGGCUCCAGCUGUGUCCAGCAACCUGCUGUAGAUAAAUGUGAGACUAUUCAUGUCGCCAUCGUGUGCGCGGGGUACAACGCAAGCCGAGAUGUGGUGACGCUGGUCAAGUCUGUGCUUUUUCAUCGACGGAACCCCCUUCACUUCCACUUCAUCACAGACUCCAUCGCCAAACAGAUCCUGGCGUCCCUCUUCCACACCUGGAUGGUGCCAGCUGUCCGAGUGGACUUUUAUGACGCUGACGAAUUGAAGUCUGAGGUGUCGUGGAUCCCCAACAAACAUUACUCGGGUAUCUACGGCCUGAUGAAGCUGGUUCUGACUAAAACACUGCCAUCAGACCUGCAGAAAGUCAUCGUUCUCGAUACCGACAUCACCUUCGCCACAGACAUCGCUGAGCUGUGGGCUGUCUUUCACAAAUUCAGAGGUCAGCAGGUUCUUGGGUUGGUGGAGAAUCAGAGUGACUGGUAUUUGGGGAACCUGUGGAAGAACCAUCGACCGUGGCCUGCUCUAGGUCGAGGCUUCAACACUGGUGUGAUUCUCCUGCUGUUGGAUCGUUUGAGGAAGCUCAGAUGGGAGCAGAUGUGGAGACUGACGGCAGAGAGAGAGCUGAUGAGCAUGCUGUCGACAUCACUAGCAGAUCAGGACAUCUUUAACGCUGUGAUCAAACAGAACCCCUUCCUGGUGCACCAGCUGCCCUGCUUCUGGAACGUCCAGCUGUCUGAUCACACACGCUCGGAGAAGUGCUACAGAGAUGUGUCUGACCUCAAGGUGAUCCACUGGAACUCUCCUAAGAAGCUGCGGGUGAAGAAUAAGCAUGUGGAGUUUUUCAGGAACCUUUAUCUGACCUUCCUGGAGUACGACGGCAACCUGCUCAGGAGGGAGCUCUUCGGCUGUCCAAGCGAAACUGACCACAAUAGUGAGAAUCUCCAGAAGACUCUGUUGGAGCUUGAUGAGGACGAUCCGUGUUAUGAGUUCAGACGAGAGCGUUUCACUGUGCACCGUACACAUCUCUACUUCCUGCACUAUGAGUAUGAACCCAGUGCAGACCAGACCGAUGUUACACUCGUGGCCCAGCUGUCCAUGGACAGGCUGCAGAUGUUAGAGGCCAUCUGUAAACACUGGGAAGGACCAAUCAGUCUGGCUCUCUACCUGUCUGAUGCUGAGGCCCAGCAGUUCCUGCGCUAUGCUCAGGGUUCUGAAGUGCUCAUGAGCAGAAGCAAUGUGGGAUACCAUAUCGUCUACAAAGAGGGCCAGUUCUACCCCGUCAACCUGCUGCGCAAUGUUGCCAUGAAACAGGUCAACACACCCUACAUGUUCCUGUCUGACAUUGACUUCCUGCCCAUGUAUGGACUCUACGAAUACCUCAGGAAAUCUGUUGUACAGCUGGAUAUGGCACACACUAAAAAGGCUCUGGUGGUGCCUGCAUUUGAGACACUGCGCUACCGGCUGUCAUUUCCCAAAUCCAAGGCUGAGCUUCUGUCCCAGCUGGAUAUGGGCACUCUCUUCACCUUCAGGUAUCAUGUUUGGACAAAAGGUCAUGCUCCUACUAACUUUGCGAAAUGGCGGACAGCCACGAUGCCAUACAGAGUGCAGUGGGAGGCCGACUUUGAGCCUUAUGUGAUGGUGAGGAGGGACAGUCCAGAAUAUGACCGCAGGUUUGUGGGAUUCGGCUGGAACAAAGUGGCUCACAUUAUGGAGUUGGAUGCACAGGAAUACGAGUUUGUGGUCCUGCCCAACGCCUAUAUGAUCCACAUGCCUCACGCGCCAAGCUUUGAUAUCACCAAGUUCCGCUCCAAUAAACAAUACCGGGCUUGCCUCAAGACUCUGAAAGAAGAGUUUCAGCAGAACAUGUCACGCCGCUACGGAUUUGCUGCCCUCAAAUACAUGACCGCAGACAACAACAGCUAGCAGUGUCACCUUAUCUUUUUCCCUUUUCAGAUUAGAGAUCACAUAGGAAAGCAGUGCACUGGGUAAGCAGUAAUGCACCCAACAGUGUAACAAUGGACACUCGGUGUAAGUCAGAGGAGUGUGUUCUUCCAUUCUGUCAUUCAGGAAGCUGCAAUGAUGACCAUUUUGUCACUGCUUUGUUAAGAACAAUAGUGUGCUAUCUGUUGGAUGGCAGGCAUGGCGUUGAUCUGGAGGAAUUCAAGCCACCCAGCGUCCCUGAUUGAUCUGCUCCAGGAACAGGAAUUGAGAUGUUAUUAAACACUGGACAAGCGGGGGAAAAAAACCAACAAACAUACGGGAUGAUGUGUGUUCCAGUAAGCUGGACAUGACAGAAUAUGAGCAGAGGAAAUGCCACUGUAGAGACGGACAGUGUGGUUUGUUGGACUACAUCUACUGAUACUGCUUUCAGUCAUGAUGUUUAGCAGGACCAGAUCUCAUACGAAUGACACGUUAGCUCUAAACGUAAGCAGCGUAGAACCUGAGAAAAGGAUCUCCAGUCUUUUUUUGUCAGGAUGGUGAUUAGAGAGAUAAAGUUGAGCUCAGAUGGGCUAAAGACCACACCCAAUACGGAGGAACUCUUGUGAUGAUGGACAAUGUCAGGCUAUCAGCGUUGACAAUCCAGACACAGAUGAAAGCCCCAGAUCGUGUAUGUGUAAAUCUGAGUUCCUUUUUUCAGUAUUUUACUGUAUGACUUCAUAUUUCUCUGCUCACUCUGAUUUUAAUGUUUUGGUGUCACUGUUCUAUGGAAGUACCACAUUUACAUUUCUCGCAGCUAACAGAAAUGCACUAACUCCAAGUUUGAGUCAAAAGGUUUGGAAACCUGGGGGGGUUAAGUCAAGUUUAUUUAUAUAGUGCUUUUAACAAGAGACAUUGUCGCAAAGCAGCUUUACAGAAUUUGAAUGACUUUAAACAUGAGCCAAUUUUAUCCCCAGCGAGCAAGCCCGUGGCGACGGCGGCAAGGAAGAAACUCCCUCAGACGACACGAGGAAGAAACCCAGAGAGGAACCAGACCCAAAAGGGAACCCAUCCCCAUCUGGGUUAACAACAGAAGUGUUGUUAAAACAUCAUACACACAGUGUCAUUUACGAUGUGAGGCAACUGCCAGUGCCAGGAUAUGAUGGACAAAUAAUUGUUCAGUAUUUGCCAGGGCGAGUUUGCACUUUUCUCCUCUAACCCUAAGAUUAAGGUCUUGGUAUCUUAUUACGUGAUGUGGAAAUUCCUUCAUUUAUGGUGUGUUUGAAUGAAAGAAAUCCUAAUUUACACAACUGCAAAUGUGAGAUAUUAAGAAUAAUAAUGGAAUUGACUAUGAAAAUGGACGUUUGAAUUGAACAAAUUCUAGCCCCAUUCUUCUUAGCGGAUACGGAAUUUUUUUUUUUUUUAUUGAUGUUUUAUUGGUUUAGACCAGGGGUCACCAAACUACGGCCCGCAGGCCAGAUCCGGCCCGCCACCCCCCUUUGACCGGCCCCCCAGCCCCUCUGCCCCCCAUCACCUGAACCGGCCUUAUGAGGCAAUCCCCAAAAGUGGUCAUGGCCUAUUUUUUUAAAUUGCUUUUUGGCAAAUAACAACAUGUCUGCAUCUUGUAUUUUGUUGAUUUUAUCAAUUAAAAUUGAUAUUUAGUUAUAAAAUGAACUAUUCAUAUUUUCAGAAUUUUCGUCAUAUGCUCGCGAUCAAGCAGUGACAGGCAGCGCACGCGCAGAGAACUGUCAGUGUUCAGGACAGCAAAAUGGCUAGCGGUAAGCGAAAAGCUGACAGAGAGUGCAGAGUUUUUAAAGAACAGUGGACCACCGAUUAUUUUUUCGUUCAGUGUAAGGACCGUGUAGUUUAUCUUGUAUGUAAAGAAAGUGUGCCGGUUUUCAAAGAAUAUAAUCUGCGUCGUCACUACGAAACCCGCCACAAAGAGUAUGCUAGUUUGCGAGGGCAAACAAGAGAAGACAGGAUUCGGAGGAUGAAAUGCGGACUGGCUGCACAACAGAAUGUAUUCCUUCACCAAACCCAGAUCCACCAGGCUGCUGUCCGAGCUCGCUAUAAGGUAGCUCACCUACUAGCUACCCAUGGAAAGCCGUUUACUGAUGGGGACUUUGUUAAAGUAUGCAUGCUUGCUGUGGCCGAGGAGGCGUGUCCCGACAAGAAGGAUGCGCUCAACGCGGUGAGUCUCUCCGCACCUACUAUGACCAGGCGAACCGAAGAUUUGGGGGACAACGUGUAUGACCAGCUGAAUGAGAAAGCGUCAGAAUUCGAGUUUUUUGCUUUGGCCAUGGAUGAGAGCAAUGACGUGCAGGACACAGCACAACUGCUGUGAUCUAUUGAUCUAUUGCUCAUAUUAUUAUAAUUUCACUGUUUUUUAAAAUGUAUUUAUUUUAUAGGCCUAUUUAUUUGACCUUUAUUAAGUGCUGCAUACUAUUAUUAUUUAUAUUAUUAAUAAUAUCAACAGGCCUACCUACAAUUUAUAAUUUUCCACUCACCUUUGCCAGUGUCAAUCACUUCAAAUGGGCAGAUGUUUCUUACCUUGACAGCUUUGAUAUUAUUUUUAUUAGAAAAUAAAUAAAUGGAAUAUCAGUGGUAUUUCAAAUUAAAACAAAGUGUGAAGACUUGAUUACUACUUUUGCAAACCACUAGUAAAGAUAAACAUGUGCCAGGAAUCAAGUGUUGAUAUAGUAGUGUGGAUAUAGUAGUGGGGAUGGCCGUGCCAGGCUAGUAAUCUCUACUACACAAUGAGGCCUGCUGGUGCUCAUAUUUGUCUGGGUCAUACAAUUCUAUGUGAUAUAGCUGACCCGACCCGGCCCCCCAUCACAGUCAGGAACGACAAUGUGGCCCCCAGAGAAAAAAGUUUGGUGACCCCUGGUUUAGACCCUGGUCAGACUACAGCUCGCAAUGGGUUUGUGAAUAGUCAAGUCAAGUUUAUUUGUAUAGCGCUUUUAACAAUAAACAUUGUCACAAAGCAGCGUUACAGAAUUUGAACGACUUAAAAUAUGCGCUAAUUUUAUCCCUAAUCUAUCCCCAAUGAGCACGCCUGUGGCGACGGUGGCAAGGAAAAACUCCCUCAGACGACAUGAGGGAAUACUUGAUGAAAAAUUGGUAGCAUGGCCACCAAUCAUGCGACGCAUGGCGAAUGUUCUCCAAGCUUCGCGAGUUGUUUUUUCAUGCGUCUCCGCCUCGUGAGUGGCCAAAAACGUUGCGAAAAAUUUCAGUGCGUGCAUUGAAAUUUGGUGGCGAUGUUUUUGUCGGUGAACUAAGUGGCAAAGACUCACAGAUGGGUUUGGGAAUACUUCCCGAAGCUCAGGGAAACAUCGCCACCAAACGGCGCCUCAUUUUCAUCAAUAACUCAUCGCAAAGCAUCGUGAGCUGUAGUAGUUCCUGUUCUCACUUGUAUUUAUGUUCCUUGUAGAUAAAGUGAAAUGGUUCGACAUGGCUGACUUUUUCCACUGUUGAAAUGUUUUUGAAUGCAUCUGUGAUAACUGGCACAGGAGAGGGGGGAGGGAAAAAAUUAGCAUUUUUUAAAAUUACUUUAUAAUUAACAUUAUUUGUACAGUGUGAGAUUUGAGACUUCACUCUAUACCACAGGCCUAUUCAAAUAGCAGCCCGGGGGCGAAAUUGGCCCGAUUGAAAUUUAAUCCGGCCCGCGGCAGAUUUUUUAAAGCAAAACAAAAAACGUAUCUACGUAUCUGCCGCGGUGCACAGUUUUCUCUACCGCUCUGGCACAGACCAGAGUACAGGUCGUCUCCAUGGUGGCAAACACUCAUUCUCGCCUAUUCUCGCGAUGUGACACUCCAUGCAGCUCCAGCAGUGGCAACAUGGCCCUGUCCAAGCAACAUCGCAAAGUUGACAGAGAAAAACAUAAAUUUCAAAGCGAAUGGACUGAAAAGUACUUAUUUACUUUGCCAACUACGGCAAGCGAUAGACCUGUGUGUUUAUUGUGCAACGAAUCUGUAGCUGUGGCCAAAGAGUACAACGUGAAGAGACAUUUUACAACAAAACAUGCUUCAUUUUCUGAGCAAUACCGAGAGGGCUCCGAGAAGAGACGAAGGAGAAUAGACAGACUGGUAACUUCUUUUGAACAAAGUCAGCGUGCAAUUGGUGGCUUUUGCACAGAACAAGAGAGAGCUUUUAUUGCAUCUCUACGAGUGGCGUGGAUACUGACAAGAAAAAAAAAAAAAAGACCUUUCACCGAGUCGGAAACUAUUAAAGACUGCAUGCUGGCGGUUGCUGACAAAAUGAUUGUUGACCAAAAAAUGAAAGACAACAUCUCAUCUCAUCAUCAUCUGUAGCCGCUUUAUCCUGUUCUACAGGGUCGCAAGCAAGCUGGAGCCUAUCCCAGCUGACUACGGGCGAAAGGCGGGGUACACCCUGGACAAGUCGCCAGGUCAUCACAGGGCUGACACAUAGACACAGACAACCAUUCACACUCACAUUCACACCUACAGUCAAUUUAGAGUCACCAGUUAACCUAACCUGCAUGUCUUUGGACUGUGGGGGAAACCGGAGCACCCGGAGGAAACCCACGCGGACACGGGGAGAACAUGCAAACUCCACACAGAAAGGUUGUGGGCUCGAACCCAGAACCUUCUUGUUGUGAGGUGACAGUGCUAACCACUUACACCACCGUGCCGCCCUGAAAGACAACAUGUCCUCAUUUAUUAAAAAAAAGUACCAUUUUUCAUUUUAUUUCAUAUAUUAUGUACCUUAGUAUAGUAUAUUUUAAUUGCCUUUAGCUGAUAUCAAUUUUAUGUCAAUUGUCUGUCUGGCCCUCACAAAUUUUGUAAUUUUCUAGUUUGGCCCCCCUGCAAAUGUAUUUGAAUAGCCCUGCUAUACCGGUUUCAUCUCUCUUGUUUAAGGUCAACAUUUUUCGGCCAUAAUUCUGUGUGUGUGUGGGGGGGGGGUUUCUGGGAGAAGAUGACUCAUGGCAUAAUUUUGAGUGAACAGUAGGAGUAUGCUGUGGUGUUAAAAGCACCCAUGCAGAAUAUGUGAAGGUUGACAGGUCUGAGGUAGGAGCAUGGCUGCUGAAAAAAGUAAUCAAACUUUGUGUGUACUUCAGUUUUUAACGUGUGCAGACAGGGUUGGGGAGCGUGCGCGUGUGUGUGACUAAACCUAUGUAUCCGAGAGUGACAGAUUUUCUGCUACCUGAAUAAAAUAAAUCUGGAAAAGAA